UUCUUUCUCUACCCAAGGAGGAGGAAUUGAAGGCAGAGACAGAGGGAGAGUGGGUCAUCGAUCUUGCAAUGGACAUGGCCGGCGGAGACAUUGGUGCCUCCGGUCAGCUGCUGCUAGAACUCGUUCACGAUGUCGGGCGUAUCAAUGGUUUUGGAGACGUUUACAGGCGAGAGUGCACCGAUUUCAGCCGGAGAAUUGGGGUUCUCUCUCAGUUGUUUGAGGAUAUCAGGGAUUUCAAGGGUGAUAACAAUGCCCAUCGCUUUACUUCCACAUCGUCUCCUUGUUCUUCUUGCUUGCAAGAUCUGCUGGGAGUGCUUCGUGCAGCUAAGCGGCUCCUUCUCGUUGCACGAAAUUAUGAUUCCAAAACCUCUCCUGAUCUAGCUCGCAAGAAAGUCACCUUCCAGUUCCAAUGUAUAACAUGGAAGUUGGAGAGAGCAUUGGGUAACAUACCAUAUGAUCAAUUCAAUAUAUCCGAGGAAGCUCAGGAACAAGUUGAAUUGGUUCGAUCACAGUUGAGAAGAGUAGCAAAAAAGAACGGAUCUCUGAAUUCAAAAAUUGUUUCUCGUACCUUAUCUGAGUCACUUGACAAAACGAAUAUGCCAGAUUUAGCUAACAGAGUAAUUGGAAGCUUGUAUGUUGAGAACUUAGGUAAUGUUGAUCAUGAAUCUCAAGCAGUGAUGGACAUUGCUCCUAAAGUUACUGAUAAGAUGGGGCAUAAUAUGGAACAGAUGAUACAUGAACUAGAGAGACCACAUAGCCUCUCUGCGUCUUCUGAGGCCUACAUAUUAAACAAAGCUGACUUAAACAACAAAGAUGACAUGGCUGGCAAGAGUUCAGAGGAAAGUAAAAAGCAUGAUUCCGUCGUUAUUCCUGAUGAUUUCCUCUGCCCUAUAUCUCUUGAAUUGAUGAGAGAUCCUGUAAUUGUGACCACCGGCCAGACUUAUGAGAGGUCAUAUAUACAGAGAUGGAUAAACUGUGGCAACAGAACAUGCCCAAAAACUCAGCAGAAGCUUCAGAAUUUGACACUAACCCCAAAUUAUGUGUUAAGAAGUCUAAUUACACAUUGGUGUGUAAAGAACAAUGUUGAGUUGCCAAUGGGACUAGUUAACAGUAGGAUUAGAAAGAAUGAUGGACCAUUUCAAGAUGUUAGUGGGGACAUAGAAGCCAUCAAUGCUCUGGUUCAUAAGCUUUCCAGUCAGUCCAUGGAGGACCAAAGAAGUGCCGCAGCUGCAAUCCGAUCACUCUCCAAAACAAGCACAGAUAAUAGGAUACUGAUAGCAGAAGCUGGUGCUAUUCCAAUUCUGGUCAAGCUGUUAACCACAGAUGAUGUGAGAACACAAGAGAAUGUGGUGACUUGCAUACUCAACCUCUCUAUUUAUGUGAAUAAUAAACCACUCAUAAUGCUAGCAGGUGCAGUUCCCUCAAUUAUCCAAAUCCUCAGGAUGGGAAGCAAGGAAGCCAAAGAGAAUGCAGCGGCAACCCUUUUUAGCUUGUCUCUUGUAAAUGAGAACAAGAUAAUAAUUGGGGAAUCUGGGGGAAUAGCAGCUUUAAUAGGGUUGCUUCAAAACGGAAGCUCAAGAGGGAAGAAAGAUGCCGCAACUGCUCUAUUCUACUUGUGCCUUUAUCAGGGUAACAAAGGUCGGGCAGUGAGGAGUGGGAUCCUUUUGCCAUUGAAGCAGAUGCUCAUAGAAUCCAGCAGCUGCAUGGUUGGUGAAGCUCUGUCAAUAUUGUCAGUUCUUGUCAGUCACCAAGACUGUAAGGUUGCCAUAGCAAAGGCCACGAUCAUUCCUGCCUUGAUAGACCUGUUGAGGACAGGCUUGUCCCGCAACAAGGAGAAUGCUGCAGCCAUUCUACAUUCUUUGUGCAAGAAAAAUGCUGAGAACCUUGAAUGUAUUGCAAGGCUUGGUGCUUUUAUACCCUUGGGCAACCUGGCUAAUAGUGGCACAGAUAGAGCCAAGCGCAAGGCUUCUUCACUGUUGGAGCAUCUUCAAAAGUCGCAGAUGCUGUAAGGGUGCCGUAGCACCAGAAGGAUUCAAUUCAUCUUGUUACAUUCCAACCAUUGGAAAUUACUUUGACACUGGAUCAUUUUUCGGGUGUGAAAACUGUUGAAACUAACAAAAGAUGGCUUAGACUGGCACAGAUAGGGUCAAGCACAAGGCUUCUUCACUGUUGGAGCAUCUUCAAAAGUUGCAGAUGCUGUAAUAGUGUAGUAGCACUGGAAGGAUUCAAUUCAUCUUUUUGCAUUCCUACCAUGGGAAAU